AUGACUAGUUCGGCGGUCCUCCACCCAAUCAGCACCACGAUUUCGAGUCCGACGAUAUCCACGACGUCUCCAACGAUUCACAGUCACGUCAUCACCACCACACAAUCGACGUCAUCUCAGAAUAACGGAACGUGUAUUCAAAUUGCCGAGGCGAUCGCAGCACAAGGCAUCGAUGAUAUUACGGUAGACUUCUACAUCCGAACGAUCUUCACCUUCCUCUACGGGUUCCUAUUCGUGUUAGGCAUUUUCGGAAAUGGAGGCGUUCUAUGGGCGGUCGCCAGAAACAAACGACUGCAAUCCGCGCGCAACGUCUUUUUACUCAAUUUGAUCUUCACCGACUUGAUUCUCGUCUUCACAGCGAUCCCAGUUACACCAUGGUACGCAAUGACCAAAGACUGGGCAUUCGGUUCCGUAAUGUGUCAUCUAGUACCGCUGUCCAAUUCUUGUUCAGUGUUCGUGACGAGUUGGAGUCUCACAGCAAUCUCAUUAGACAAGUUCUUGCAUAUCAACGAUCCGACCAAACAGCCAGUAUCGAUCCGACAAGCUCUCGGUAUAACAUCACUCAUUUGGAUAGUGUCCACUUUGAUCAAUCUACCGUAUCUCAUGUCAUUUGAACACGUCGAAGGAUCGUUUUAUGUACAGCCUGGAGAGACACCGUAUUGUGGUCAUUUUUGUGACGAAGCCAAUUGGCAAAGUGAGAAUAGCCGCAAAAUCUAUGGAACGACUGUUAUGUUGUUACAGUUCGUCGUUCCCAUGGCUGUAAUCACCUAUUGUUACUUUAAAAUUCUACAAAAAGUGUCCAAAGAUAUGAUCAUCCAAAAUGCACAAUUCUGUCAGUCACUUACACAAAAACAGCGAAACGAUGCGACGUCUCGAAAAAAGAAGGUUAAUUAUAUAUUAAUCGCAAUGGUUGUCACUUUUAUUGGAUGCUGGUUGCCGCUGACGUUACUGAAUUUGGUCAAAGAUUUUAAAAAAGAGCCCGAAUGGCUUAAACGUCAGCCAUUUUUCUGGGCAAUUGUGGCUCACGUCAUCGCAAUGUCUCUGGUUGUCUGGAAUCCAUUACUCUUCUUCUGGCUGACACGAAAACAGAAAAGAUCUGGACUUUCGAAAAUUUUGAAUUCUACAGAGAUUGUCUCUUCGUUUGCCAGUCGGGUGAGCAAUUCAAUUCGACGAUCUACAUUUAGAAGAAGUAAUGAUAGGGUUCGAAAAAAGCAGGUGGUUCUGGACUGCGAGGGAUCCAGCUACACGACAUCAUCGCGUCCACUGCUCAUCCGAACCGAUGUGCAGGCAACUCUUUCUAAUGGAUCUACAAGUACAACUCGUGAAAUGCUCUGA